CAGAAACUCCAAUCUUUCCACCUCUCCAUAAAAUUCUCUCUCUCUCUCCUCCACUCUCUCUCUCUCUCUCUCUCUCCAACAAUUUAAAAACUUAACCAAGGAUAAAUUCAGCUAAAACCACCCCCUUCAAAAAGUUCAUUUUGUUUUACAUUCAUACCAUCAACCUCUCAUGUACAAUUUCUCCGAAAAACUUCAAUCUUUCACCAUUUCUGUACAAUCCAACAUCUGGGUAUUCUUCAAUCCUUAAAUUCAAUCAAAACCCACAUCGGAACCACAAUCUUUAUCCAGAAAUUUCUCCAAAUGAGGUCAGGAUUAUCCACAAUCCUCCAAACCCUAACCCCAGAAGCCGCAGCCAUAUUAACCCACUCAAUAGCCGAAGCCGGCCGCCGUAACCACAACCAAACGACGCCGCUUCACGUCGCCGCCACCCUCCUCGCCGCUCCGGCGGGCUUCCUCCGGCAAGCCUGCAUCCGGUCCCACCCAAACUCCUCACACCCACUUCAAUGCAGAGCAUUAGAACUCUGUUUUAGUGUGGCUUUAGAACGGCUCACCUCGGCUUCCUCGGCUCCGGCUGUAGCCGAGCCGCCCGUUUCCAACGCGUUAAUGGCCGCUUUAAAACGGGCUCAAGCUCAUCAGCGGCGCGGCUGCCCUGAACAACAGCAGCAGCCGCUGUUAGCCGUGAAGGUUGAGCUUGAACAGCUUAUUGUUUCCAUUCUUGAUGACCCGAGUGUGAGCCGGGUCAUGCGGGAAGCCAGCUUCUCUAGCCCCGCAGUUAAAGCCACUAUUGAAAAAUCUUUAUUACUACCCACUAGUAAUAAUAAUCGUAACGGAAAUACUAUCUGUAACAAUAAUAAUAACUAUAUAUUCCGGGCAUUACCUGAUGAUGCCCGGAAUAUUUAUUACAACAACCAAAGAAUACAAAAAAAUGAUGAAAAUCUUUAUAUGAAUCCAAGAUUACAAGUACAACAAGUAAGAAUGGAAGAUGUCAACCGGGUGAUCGAAAUCAUGUCGAAAUCGAAGAAACGAAACCCGGUUUUAGUCGGGGAAUUUGAGCCUGAAUCGGUGAAGAAAGAAAUUUUAAUGAGGGUAAAAAGUGGUGAAUUUUUACUUUCGCCGGAGUUAAAAAAUGUGGAGGUUAUGGCGGUGGAUUUUUCGUCGGAAAAGUUGGAAAUUCCGGUUAAGAUUAGGGAAUUGAGGGAGUUGGUGGAUUGUGAGGGUGGGGAAAGGUGCAUUGUUGUGGAUUUAGGGGAUUUGAAGUGGGUGGUGGAGGCGGCGGUGGCGGUUGGGGUGGAUUUAGUGCGGGAGGCGGUGGCGGAGAUGGCGAAAAUAGUGAUGGAGAAUCGUGGGGUUUGGUUGAUUGGAACCGCGACAUGUGAGACUUAUCUAAGGUGCCAAGUUUAUCAUCCGUCUAUGGAAAGUGAUUGGGAUUUACAAGCUUUGCCGGUUUCUUCAAGAACACCUAUUUCCGGCAGGUUGAAUUCAUCCAACAUCGCUGCCCAAACGCCACCACCAUGCUGCCCGAAAUGCUACCAGCAGUAUGAACAAGAGCUUGAGAAAUCGUCGGUUGAGGCGAAGAGUGAUCUACCUCAAUGGUUGCAGAAUGCAAAAGCACAGAGAUGUGAAACCGAUAGUGAAAGUGGAACGAAACCGCCUCAUGGAUCUACGGUUAAUGAUAAAGAACUGAUGAAGAAAUGGAGUGAGAUAUGCUCGCGAAUCCAUCCGAACCAUAAUCAAAUCCCGAGUUUUGGAAGAAUGGGGACGGGUCUUGUACCUACGUAUACGCCGAACAUGUUUCUGAGUCAAACGGGUCAACAGCAAGAGGCUCCCCCGAGCCCUGUUCGGACAGAUCUUGUUCUUGGACCAAAAGAAGUUCACGAGGAUUUACCGGCUAAGGACUACUUGGGAUGCAUCUCAUCCGAACCCCGAGCCAAAGGUGACGGAUCUCCGAAGGGUAAAUUAGUCAAUUCUGCAGAUGCGGGCUCGUUCAAGAAACUUCUCAAAGGUCUGAUGAAAAUGGCGUGGUGGCAACCUGAGGCAGCUUCCACCAUCGCGACAACGGUAACACGAUGUUCAAGGAGUAGUUUGUGGUUGCUGUUUGCGGGUCCUGAUCGUGUCGGGAAGAAGAAGAUGGCAUCGGUUCUUGCCGAGCAUGUAUGUGGGACUGACCCGAUCACGAUAUGCCUUGGGUCGAGGCGUGAUGAGGUUGAAAUGGAUUGCGGGUUGCGUGGUAAAACGAUGUUGGAUCGGAUUGUUGAUGCGGUUCGUAGGAACCCGUUUUCGGUAAUUGUACUUUCGGAUAUCGAUGAAGCGGAUAUGCUCGUUCGCGGGAGCAUAAAAGAAGCAAUGAAGAGAGGCCGGUUGACGGAUUCUUAUGGUCGUGAGAUUAGCCUCGGGAACAUUAUAUUUGUGUUAACCGGUAACUGGUCGACGAACAAUGGUGAUGAAAUCGCUGACAAGUGGCCGCAUUCGUCUUCAUCCGAUGACUGGCGACUAAAGCUAACUAUUUGUAAAAAACGACCCAAAAGACGAGCGGAUUGGCUUUCGGAGGUAAAUUCAUCACCAAAACAACAAAAGAAAGUAGGGUCCGGUCUCUCGCUCGAUCUUAACCUUGCGGUGGACACCGAGGAAGAGCGGACGGACACAAGCGAUCUCACUAUCGAGCAAGGAGACGAGAAUCCACAUUUUGCAAGUACCUCAGUUUCGGUACCACACGAGCUUGCGGGUCCAAGUGACGUGACGGUCAUGUUUAAACCGGUUCAAUUUGGGCUAAUCCGUCACGAAAUCGAGAAAACAAUAAAAACCACAUUUUCCACCUUAUUCGACGAGAAACUAUCCAUCGAGGUCGAUGAAGCAACCAUAGACAACAUAGUAAGCGGGCUAUGGUUCGGGAGAACGGGGUUAGAGGACUGGGCUGAACAGGUUCUGGUACCGAGCCUUCACAAGCUUGUGGGACGCUUACCGUCUUCGGUUGACAACUUGGUGGUUCGACUCGAGUCGGAUUGCGGUCUUGAUCAGGCAAACCAUGGCAGAGAUCGGUUGCCGAGUAUAAUUAAUGUAAUAGUAGAUACAGUCUAAAAGGUUGAGGGGUAAAGUUGUAACUCUUUAUUUCUAUUAGGAUCACAGUUGUAAAUAGACAAAACUCUUUGGAUACUGGAUAGGCAGGGAAGGAGGUAAUAUUAAAACCUUUUGAAACAUUUUGUUUAUAAACAAUUUAUUGUGUAUGCAACUAUGUGUAAGUAAAUUAGUAUUUUGUAAAUGAAGGGGGCAACUUUUUUAGCUU